AACCCGGAACUGUGAGGUUUUUGUUUUGUUUUGGCGCUUUGACUUUUUAGUUGGACUGACAGGCUGACAUGCGGCGGGUCGGGACAGGGACGAGGACCAGAACCAAAUCCGACCACUGAAUAAAUGGGGCAAGACCGACCGGUGAUGGAAGAUGACGCUUCAAUUCAUGACACAUGCAAAAGGCCGACUUUCACCGACGACAAGGUGAAAGCGUUCAGCGACCUGCCGGCAGGAAGCAGCAAAGUUGAGGUGUCGCUGCGAAACCUGGACCGACGACGUGCCAGCAGAGGAAAGUUAUCUCAUGACGAGGAACAAAAGAAAGAAGAACAACAAGACAGCGAUGCGGAGGACAACAACAAUAACAACUGCAACGGAGCGCCGAGGGGGGCGGGCAUCGUGGAGCUUCUCAGGGGGAGUUUGCUGGCUUGGACGUCUCCCCUUGACUGCACAAACCCAGACGGUCGGAUGCAGGGAGGCUCCGAGGUUGGCCACGGUGACAAAGUCGCCGUUUGCGACGACACAAGCGGCCACAAAGGCGAGCAGGACCCGCGUGGUAAACCGGCACAGGCUGGGAUAAAAAACGAGCCUGCCUCCGUCGCUUUAACCUCUUCGGACACUAGAGGAGUUGAUAUAGUUUCACUUUUAGAUGUUCAACGUCUCAAAUGCGACACAAAUGGGACUACUGUAAAUUUGGACGCCACUUCUAGCGUCAAAGAGCAUGUUUAUUGCACUGUCUACUGCAUCGCUGACGACAGCGACCUGGAUGACGCUGCUCGUUUCAACCACCAAGAUGACACUGUCACAACCGAAGAUGAUCGACACACUUCCAGUUCUGAGAACGAGCUGGUCCUGUACACUACUGAAGACCUGGUGGACCCAUUGGGGACGGCAGCCCUCCAACACCGGCUAACAGCACUGCAGGCAGGUGCCCAUGCAGCCGAAGCGCAGCCGUGCCGGGUGUGCUUGGACGUGAAAACAAUCGCACCCUUGCCGUGCUGCAGGAAGCUGGUGUGUGAUGAAUGUUUGACUCUGUACGUCAGCUCCCAGGUGCGAGUGGCCAAGGCUUCCAUCCGCUGUCCCAUCUCGGAGUGCAGCGGCCUCCUGGAGGACACCCUGGUGGUGUCCCAUCUGGCCAGCGAGGACGUGCUCAGGUAUCGCUACUUCCUGGAGCUGAGUCAGCUGGACUCCAGCACCAAGCCCUGCCCGCGCUGCAGCCACUUCACCUCGCUGACCGGGCCCAGCCCCGGUCGCUCGGAGCACAAGUACAAGAUCCAGUGCAGCAGCUGUAAGUUUGUGUGGUGCUUCAAAUGCCACGCGCCCUGGCACCACGGCAUCAAGUGCCGCGACUACCGCAAGGGGGACACGCUGCUGAAAAGCUGGGCGUGCGUCAUCGAGCGCGGCCAAAGGAACGCCCAGAAGUGUCCCAAGUGCAAGAUCCACAUCCAGCGCACAGAGGGAUGCGAUCACAUGAUCUGUACGCAGUGCAACACUAACUUCUGUUACCGCUGUGGCGAGCGAUACCGUCAACUCAGGUUUUUCGGGGAUCACACGUCCAACCUCAGCGUGUUUGGCUGCAAAUUUCGAUAUCUGCCAGAUAAGCCACAUCUGAGGCGGCUCAUAAGAGGCUCCAUCUGUGGCUUGAAGGUGCUGGUAGCUCCAGUGGUCGUUUCACUGGUCCUGGUCUUUGGAGCACUGGCGCUGGUCAUAGGUGUGAUAGGUUUCCCCAUCUACUACGUGUGCAAGAGGAGGAAGAAGCAGCGCUUGCUGGGUUCUGUUCGAUGGGUCUGACGUCGGCCGCGCAGCAGGAGCAUCUCCUCAGGGACACGCCGCACCCACGUUACCCGGACCACCGCUCGCAAUCAAGUCAUUUUUUACUUGUCCUCCUGGCAGGAAGUUGCAGUUUUGCACUUUAGAAAAAAAUGAUAUCCACAUUUGGAUCUCGUUGAGGAGAAGCAGGUUUGUUUCCGCCUGCACACUGGAGUGAUUGACAUUGGGAUGAGGUGGGAGUGUGUUGACACGGUAGGAAGCGAGCGCACUGAUAAGCACUGGUGCACACAAGAUUGGAUGAAACGAAGAAUAUUGGAGAGAAAAAAAACAAAACUACUUAAUGCUGAUGAAUAAUUCAUGCAACAUUUAAAAAUAUCUGCAAGCUUUUGUGCUGAAAGUGAUGAUACUGGAUGAGGAUUGGAGUGCAAAUAUUAAGGAUGCAGUGUGUGUGUGUGUGUGCGUGUGUGCGUGUGCGUGCGUGCGUGCCCUCAGCGCCCACACAGUGCAUGUCAGCAUGUGCAUCAUCAGAAAAACAAAACCAAACAGUCAGCUUGUUGCACCGUGCCAAAACAAUCCUGCCUGAACGUGGAAAGCUAAAUCAACCUCCACAUUUUUUUUUGAGCCAUGGCUCUGGUGGAUUGUCCAUGUCAGGAUUUUUUUUUCUUAUUGCCAAAGAAAAUGCUGGAUGCUUAGUUACUUCCCGACCCAAACACACCUUGCCACAGUCUGGUCACAAAAUGAUGGCUCGCUGAUUACACCAUUGUCCUUGUGACAUGAAAAUCAACCUCUGCUAUAUUUAGAAACACAGGUGCGGCUAAUGGAGGAAAUGGCAAUACAGUUCCACCUUUAUGGAUAUAUAACUUCCGUAUGAACAAAGCAAACUUAUCAAGGAAUAGGAGGACCACACUGAAAAGAAACAAAUCAUUUGGCGUGCCUUUUUUUUAAUAUUCGGAGGAAAAAAUGUGAAACAUCAGUGAAUUUUUCCAUGAAAUUCCUCAUAAUAAGCUACAUGACCUAUAAGUGACCUAUUGGUGCAGUAUAGCAAAGAAAUUGAAAAAUUAUGAGGGAAAAAGUUCAAAUUAAGUCAUAAUAAAGUCAGAUUAUGAGAAAAAUGUUAGAAUAAAGUAAGAAUAUUUCCAGAAAAUAAAUAGGAACGUUAGAAGAAGUCGUAUUGUUGUGAGAGAAAAAAAAGUAGUAAGCAAGGUAAGUUACAAGAAUAAAGUUGUAACUGAAAAAAUGUUACAAAAAUAUUAAUCUUAAUAUUAUAAAAAUACGUCGAAAUCUUGUCGUGAUGCGUCAAACAAAAAUGUGGAAAUCUUAUAUACAGUCAUAAUUUUCGGGGGGAAAAAGUUGUAAUGUUAAAAUAAAGUGCAGUAAUUUAGUCAUAAUGUUAUGAAAAAAGUUUGGAUUUUACGAGAACAUAGGAGUUGUAAUAUUACAAGAAUAAAGCUGUAAUACAAAGAAUUGUUGUAAGGUUUUGAAAACAGUCAAAAUUAUACGGAAAAAUAUGUUAUAAUAAAUAGUCAUCAUGCUUCAAACUAAAAAGUUGAAAUCUUAUUUGAAGUCGCGAGGUUACGAGAAUAAAGUCGUAAUAUUUUGCAAAAAAGUUGUAAUGUUAAUAACGGCGGAAUGUUGGAAUAAAGUCAUGAAGCUCCGAAAACAAUUUUUGAAAUCUUAUAUAAAGUCAUGAAGUUACGAGAAUAUAGUUGUAAUAUUCAGGGGGAAACAAUUGUAAUGUUAAAAUAAAGUUGUGGUCAUGCGAUAAUAUAGGAGUGGUACUAGUACAAGAAUGAAGUUGUAAUAUGAAAAAUUGUUGUUACAUUACGAAAAUAGUCAUUUUUAUAAAGAAAAAUAUGUUGGAAUAAAGUCAUGAUGCGCCGAACAAAAAAGUUGACAAAAGUAAUGAUGUUACGAGAAUAAAGUCGUAAUAUUUGGGGGGGGGGAAGUCGUAAUGUGAAACUAUAGUUGUGAUAAUAUAGUCGUAAUGUCACGAAAAACGUUGUGAUGUUACGAGAAUAUAGGAGUGGUACUGUUACAAGAAUAAAGUUGCACUACAAAAAAUUAUUGUAACAUUACGAAAAGGAAAAAUACAUCUUAUAUAAAGUCGUAAUAUUCGGGGUGGGGGGAAAUGUUAAAAUAAAUUUGUGAUGUUGCGAUAAUUUAGUCAUAAUUUUACAAAAACGGUUGUGAUGUUACGAAAAUAAAGACGUAACAUUCGGGAAAGAAAGUUGUAAUGUUAAAUACGUCGGAAUGUGGGAAUUAAGUCAUGAUGAGCCCACAAAAAAGCUGAAAUCUAAAGUCGUGAUGUCACAAGAAUAAAGUCGUAAUAUUCGGGGGGAAAAAAACGUAAUGUUAACAUGAAGUUGCGAUCUGGCGGUAAUAUCGUCGUAAUGUCACAAAAAAAGUUGUGAUGUUCCGAUAAUACAGGAGUGGUCAUGUUACAACAGAAAAGAUAACGUUACAACAAUUUUUUUCGGGACUCAAACCAAUGCCCUCUGCCGUGCGCCGUCAGAAGAAUAAAGUUGUAAUAUAACAAGAAAUAGUCACAUUCUUAGUCAUAAUGUGCGAUAAUAGAGUCAUCAUGUCAGGAGAAAAAAUGUGCAAUGUUACAAGACAAAAGUUGCAAUGUUACAAAAAAAAGUUGUAACGUUAUGAUAAUGUUAUAAGAUUACAGUUGAAGCAUUCCGGAAGAAGUUGUAACGUAAAGUCAUGACGUGAGAUGAAAAGUCGUAAUAUCACAAGAAAAGUGGUGGUUGUGUCACAAGAAUAAUGUUGUAAUUUUACGAGAAAGUGUUGGUAACGUUGGAAUAAUGUCCCGACGUUGCCAGACGACAGUCGGAAUAUUCAGUGGAAAAAAGUUGCUGGUGUCACAAGAAUAAAGUCGUAAUUUUCCCAAAAAAAGUUGUUAACAUUGGAAUACAGUUGUGCCGUUAGUCUAUAGCCACGUUACGAAAAAAGUAAUCAUGUUAUGAAAAAAGUUGAGAUUCCACAAGAAUUAAGGCAGAAUAGUACGAGUAAAAAUGUUAUGUUACAAAAAUAACAUCGUAAUUCUGGCAAUUUCCGUCAGUGUAAUUUUUUUUGUUUUGUUUAUAAAUUAUGACUUAUGACACAUAAUAUUAUUACUUUAUUCCCAUAAUUUUUGUUGUGAUAAUAUUUCUUCCCUCCCCCAAUGUGGCCCUUAUACUCGGAAUAUGUUCUGUCAUGUGACUGUUUUGGGCCAAUCAACGUAAAGGUUGCUGGUUUGCAUUGGCUGGCUGUUACAUUUGACUUUUCUUUUUUUUUUUUUAAAUCACAUCAAGUUUAAACUGUGCCUUACAACCUCUAACACUGACGCAAUGUAUCACACCUGUUGAUCACAUGAUGUCAAAGGAAAGACUAUUAUCAAAUAUGGGGUUAAUAUUGACUAUUAUUCACUUCACAGGGUAAAUAGUCUCAGAUAUCUAUCUAGUAACACCACCCAGGGUCUCAGCUGCAUCCCAAAUGUCUAUAAUUGUUCUUUUGCACAUAUUGACCGACACGUGGCAGGAAACGGGACCUUUCCAAGUACAGUACUGUAGAUGAAUGUGAGUAUAUACUAAAUUGUGGUUAGGAGGAUACUGCACUGUGUACGCAUUCUUCUUCAUAUUUGGGGGAUUGCUCACUUGGCAUCAUGAAGUUAAUUAAUAUGUGGCUGGAGAAAGAAUAAAGUGAAGUUCACCUGCUAA